AUGAGAAUUUAUACUCUUGCCAAGAUUUUAAGCGUUCUGAUUAUUGCUUUGAUUAUUGGUGUGCGUGAGGCUUCUGCCGUUUCACUGCCGAACGUUCAUCCACAAAGUUUUUCUAAAGAUGAAAUUGUUCCUAUUCAAGUAAAUGUUCUCACCUCUAUUAGGACACAUUUGCCGUAUGAUUACUACAAUGUUUUUCCUACAUGUCUUCCAAAGGCACCAAUAGGUGGGAAAUCUGGUAAUAUUGGAGGUGUUCUUAUGGGAGAUCGCAUUAAAUCCUCCCCAUAUGAAAAUGUCCGACUACUACAUAAUGUAACCUGUGAAAAGAUAUGUGAAAAAGAAAUUGCAAAUGAGAAACAAAGGAAAUUUUUAAUAAAAGCAAUAAAGGCUAAAUACCGUAUUAAUUUGCUUUUAGAUGGACUUCCUCUUGCAGAAGUAAAUGAGAAAAAUGAGUACGUAAUUGGGAUUCCUCUCGGAUAUGUGCAUAAUGAUAUUAUGUAUGUAUACAAUCAUAUACAUUUUACUAUUAAAUAUACGGUAGAAGAAGUGCAAACUACUUCUGGAGAUGUUGUGACAAAGUACCGAAUAUUGUCUUUUGUAGGGGAACCCUAUUCUUAUGAACACCAACCUGAACAUGGAUGUGAAAUACCAUUAAAUAAGGAAACGAUAUCUUCUUCACGUCCUUUAUCUGCGUUAAAGGAUCGUAUAACUUGGAGUUAUGGUGUAACAUGGAUUAGAAGUGAUGACAAGUGGUCUUCUAGAUGGGAUGUUUAUUUAAAUGUUCAUAGGCACAAUAUUCAUUGGUAUUCCAUUAUAAACUCCACUUUUUUUGUCGCAUUUCUUACAAUUCUUAUUGCUGCAACUAUGAUUCGAGUUGUUCGUCGGGAUUUAAGUAAAAUAAGUGGUAUUGAUUUGGAUGAAAAUGAUGCUCCUGAAGAUAGUGGAUGGAAAUUACUCAAUCGGGAUGUAUUUCGACCUCCACCAAAUGGAUGGAUACUUGCUUGUUUUACCGGUACCGGUGUACAACUUAUAGGUAUGGCUUGUACUGUACUUAUCUUCGCAUCUUUGGGCUUUUUCUCUCCACAAAGUCGUGGUAGUCUUUUUACUGCUGUACUCGUGUGUUUUGCAUUUUUGGGAUUGUACGCAGGUUACACAUCAGCAAGAUUACUGAAAUUGUGGAAUGCAACUAAAUGGAAGUAUGUUUUUGCCACAGGUACAAUUAUUCCUGGAUUAGCAUUUGGUACUUUUUUUAUUAUAAAUCUUCUUGUGUGGUCACAAUCAAGUAGUGGAGCCGUUCCUUUUUUUUCACUUACUGUGAUUAUGGGAAUGUGGUUUUUUAUCAAUAUUCCACUUGUUUUCUUGGGAGCUAUAUUGGGUUUUAAGCGAAGUACCAUAUCAGUACCUUCAACUUUUAACCAAAUUCCACGUCAUGUACCUCUACAACCUUGGUAUACUUCGAAAUCAGUUAUUUUAUUAUCUGGGUUUCCCCCUUUUGCAGCUGUUUUUAUUGAAGUUUACUUUAUUCUUGGUGCACUAUGGCUGAACAGGUAUUAUUACGUUUUUGGCUUUUUAUUACUUGUUGCCGUUAUUUUACUCCUGACUACGUCAGAAAUUUCCAUAGUCAUGGUCUAUCUUUCUUUGUGUGCUGAAGACUAUCGUUGGUGGUGGAGAUCUUUUUUCAUAGGAGCAAGUUCUGGAGUUUUCUUAUUUAUGUACUCAAUUUUCUAUGUCGUUGUAGGUAAUUUACAUAUAGAUGGAUUGAUUCCAAUGAUUAUGUAUUUGGGCUAUAUGGCGUUACUGAGUUUUCUCUUCGCAGUAACAACUGGUGCCGUAGGAUUUCUUGCUUGUUUCUGGUUUGUGCGCUAUAUAUAUCGUUUUAUCAAGGUUGAUUGA